CAAUUUGUUGCAAUGACUUAGAGUUAUUAUAUAUUUUUCUGUUUCCAUUCUUUGAAUAUCUUCUGUAUUAAUAGAUAGUUUUCAUUAUGAAUGUUGCAUGCAUCUACCAGUUGAUUGUUUGUUUUCUGUCUUUCUUUAUUUUCUGGAGUGGAGCCAAGUGGAGCAAUUUCCGGUACAUGCUACCAUAACAUGACUCCGGUUUGGUUUUGAAAGUGUCUUCCUCUUUCCAUCCAUAAUGAUAAUCCUCUUAAGUAAAUAAAGGUGAAAUAAAAGAAGAAAAACCCAAUCAAGGAAGCUAAUUUGGUAUAAGGCAACUUGGUCUGGACUUGAUCAGAUAUGAGCUUAACCAUGCUUAAUGACCCCUCUUGUUCAAUAAACUAGUGACAGACUAACCACCCUACAUGUGAAACUGAUGGAAUCAUGCAACAUGAGCAUGUCUUGGAAGGUCAUAUUUCCAUACCUAUUUUCAAAUAUGUGUUCGACAUGGAUGUUGAACAAAAGUCCUUCAAGCAAAAUGAAGAGUUAGAGCAACAUAGUUGGAAGGACAAAAACAAAUCAGAGUACUUGUUCAACUUUGGAUUAUGGAUGUAAAUGAGAGAAAACCGAAAGCAAGGAGAUCGUUCUUGCCACAUAAGAUCUUUCUUCCCAAGAAAACGACUAAAGAAGUCUUCCGACAAUUAUUGCUAUUCGGACUUAUUACCAUAAUGCAAUCUUGCUAUUUACGGAAUCAUGUUGUGAUGCUCGAAAUUACCUUGUUCAUUUGGCUGCUGUCAUUGUAGUGGAAGCUUGCACUGCUGCAGGGUCAUCAAGCUAAACCGAUCAGGACUUUGUCGGCAUUUUUCUUACUGAGACUAAUCCAAAUAGAUUUUGCCAACACAUUAAUAAAGAUGGUCCAAGACUUAUUUCCACAUCUAUUUCGGAAUUUGGCUGUUAGAAGCUUACCUCUUGCAUGCAUAUCUAAUUCCUUGAAUAAACCGACGCCUCUUAACUUGAACAUGUCCUUACCUUCGGUUCGAGAUAUUAGGUGGAAUUUUUCUCGGAUACUGUAUUUAUUCAACAUUCAACUGGACAAAAAUAUUGCUACGUUUCUUUUGGCUCUCCUUGUAGCAUGCUUUUCAUUCGUUGUUGUAGGUGGAAUCCUCUUCUUCAGGUUUAGGGGUAAAUCACAAUCUCUCGAGGAUUGCUGCUGGGAGGCGUGGUCAUGCCUUAUUUCAUCGUCAUCCCAUUUAAGACUAAGAACGCGAACCGAACGUAUUCUUGGCUUCAUUCUUGCUAUAUGGGGGAUAUUAUUUUACUCUCGGUUGUUAAGCACAAUGACAGAACAAUUCCGAAACAACAUGCAAAAACUCCGGGAAGGUGCACAAGUGCAAGUUUUGGAGAAUGAUCAUAUCAUCAUUUGUGGUGUAAACAGCCGUCUGGCUUUCAUACUACAGCAGCUGAAUAAUUAUCACAAAUUUGCCGUGCGAUUAGGUACUGCUACAGUCAGGAGGCAAAGAAUUCUUCUUUUGGCGGAUCUUCCAAGGAAGCAAAUAGACAAGCUGGCGGACAACAUUGCCAAGGAUCUUAUUCAUAUUGAUAUCCUUUCAAAGAGUUGUAGCCUUAGUUUGACGAAAUCAUUUGAAAGAGCAGCAGCUAAUAAGGCACGCGCCAUUAUCAUUCUUGCGACAAAAGGAGAUCAGUAUGGAGUUGAUACAGAUGCGUUUCUCUCCGUACUAGCACUUCAACCUAUUCCCAAGAUGGAAUCCAUUCCCACGAUUGUCGAGGUUUCAAAUUCCAAUACAUGUGAGCUCUUGAAGUCAAUCUCCGGACUGAAAGUAGAGCCAGUGGAAAAUGUUUCUUCUAAACUAUUUGCUCAAUGUUCUCGGCAAAAGGGGCUCAUAAAGAUCUACAGGCACUUGCUUAAUUACCAAAAAAAUGUAUUCAGUCUUCACCAUUUUCCGAGUCUAACCGGGUUGACAUAUAGACAAAUACGACAAGGGUUUCAAGAGGCAGUUGUUUGUGGUCUUUAUCGGAAUGGUAGGAUAUACUUCCACCCUGGAGAUGAUGAAGUUCUUCAGGAAAUGGACAAAGUAUUGUUAAUUGCCCCUAUUAACAGGACAGCAAAACAACAACUUGUAACCAACAUGCAAAAAGCUUCAGAAGUUUCGAGAAAUAAUGCGGAGACCCAAACUCAUGCUUUAGAAUUGAGAAAAGAACGAAUGUUAAAUAUCGUGAAACGUACCAAGAAACGAGGAUCAAAGGCAUCAGACCAAAGACUAGGUCCCAAAGAAUGCAUACUUUUGCUUGGGUGGCGACCAGAUGUUGUUCAAAUGAUUGAAGAGUACGAUAAUUAUCUCGGACUGGGAAGCAUUGUGGAAAUAUUAUCAGACGUACCGUUAGAAGAAAGGAAGAAGGCAAGCUCCAUGUCUGGUCAAAGAAAACUAAAAAAUGUCGAGGUUAUCCAUAGGAUCGGGAACCCAAUGAACUAUGAUAACUUAGAGGAAACCAUAAUGGAUAUACAAAAUUCUCACAAGAAAGGGGGUCAUAUUCCUUUUUCUAUUCUUGUGAUUUCCGAUAGAGAAUGGCUUCUCGGAGAUCCAUCGAGGGCAGACAAGCAAUCUGCGUACUCACUUCUUCUUGCAGAAAACAUUUGCAACAAACUUGGAGUGACUGUCCAAAAUCUAGUUGCGGAGAUUGGCGACUCAAAAUUGGGCAAACAAAUUACAAGAUUCAAGCCAACCUUGACGUACAUCGCAGCAGAGGAAGUGAUGAGUCUCGUAACAGCUCAAGUGGCCGAACACAGCGAACUGAAUGAGGUUUGGAAAGACAUUUUGAAUGCUGAAGGCGAUGAAAUAUACAUAAAGGAUAUUGGCCUCUACAUGAAAGAAGGGGAGAACCCGUCCUUCAUGGAGCUAUCGGAAAGGGCAUGUUUGCGGCGAGAAGUUGCCAUCGGAUAUAUAAAGAACAACAAGAAGGUCAUAAAUCCAAAUCCUAAAACAGAACCUUUGUCCUUUGAAAUGACGGAUUCGUUAAUAGUGAUAUCGGAGCUUGAAGGAGAGCAACCUAUUGUUGUUUAGACUUUACCCAUUUUGUUGUUUAAAAUUUCAGUAGUUCAUGUAUUUCCAAUAAAUUUUAUGGUGUCGGCUUCAUAACUCUGUGCAUGGCUGAGUUGAAUAGGAGAUGACAGAAAUUAGCCAAAAGGUAAGUAUUUUGAAAAUUCAUGCUCUACCCAUUCGAGAAUUCGACACUCUUUUCUGAACUGAAUCGGCAUAUCAGUUAGGAAUAAGGGUUGGAUUGGUUGACCUAAAAAUCGGUUGAACCAGUUGAUUCGGUAGUUUUUAAUUUUCAAAUUUUUUUAAUAAUUUAUCUAA